AUGGUCAUCGAUUCCGGAAGAGAUGGCGUCGCCUAUCAUGUCCCAACUCUCGAGAAGCAGCCUAAGACUCGUCAGAUGCCUGUGACUCUUCUUUCUGGUUUCUUGGGAAGCGGCAAGACCACCCUCCUCAAGCACAUCCUCAGAUCUCCAGAUCAUGGAAUGAGAGUUGCAGUCAUUGUCAAUGAUAUGAGCUCUCUGAACAUCGACGCUGCCCUUAUCAAAAACCACAAAGUCUCCCAAACCACCGAGAAGCUAAUCCAACUUCAAAAUGGAUGUAUCUGCUGUACUCUUCGGGGGGACUUGCUAUCUGAGCUGGCACAGUUGACCAAGCAGAACGAGGUAGACUAUGUUAUUAUCGAAAGCACAGGGAUCAGUGAACCGAUGCAAGUCGCCGAGACUUUCACAGCCGAGUUCAGCUCUGCCAUGUUAGAGGCCGAGGGCCAAAUUGCAGCAGAAAACGAUGCUGACGCAAAGAAAAUCCUCAAUGAAAUGUAUGGACAGUCCACACCCCUUCUUGCUUAUGUGUACCAGGCUAACAUGUCUGACUAUAGUGUGGAACUGGGUGGUCUACACACCAUGGCCCGAUUGGACACAACCGUCACUGUCAUUGAUGCUUUCAACCUGUUAUCCAGCUUUGAUACAACAGAGUUCCUGUCUGACAGAUAUGGUAAAGAGGAAAUAGUCCCUGAGGAUGAACGCACGAUCUCCGAUUUGAUGGUAGAUCAAAUCGAGUUCGCCGAUGUCUUGAUUCUUAACAAGAUCGAGACCGUUGAUCAAGCCACUCGAACCAAGAUCUUGCAUUUGUUGAAACUAUUAAACCCAGAUGCAAAGAUCCUCGAGUCAAGUUACUCGCAAGUGGAUGUUCGUCAGAUCAUCGACACGAACAAGUUUGACUUCGUUCGCGCUGCCUCUGGUGCUGGCUGGCUUCGUAGUUUGCACGAGAUGACUAUGCAGAAGACGGGGAAUGGUGAUCGCAUGGCGCCCAAGCCAGAAACCCUAGAGUAUGGAAUCAACAAUUUCGUCUACACAGCCCGUCGGCCAUUCCACCCACGUCGUAUCUUCGCCCUUCUUCACGACAAGUUCAUCAUCCUCCAAAACAACGAAGUCGAAGAAGACGACGAAAUGGAAGAUGAUGAAGAGGAAGAUGAAGAUGCAAUGGACACAGACACCGAGUCAGUAGAAGAUUUCGACCAGCCCGACCCGAAAGAUAUCCUCAACAACAAACGAGCACACCCAGCCUUCGGACCAGUUCUACGUUCCAAGGGCUUCUUCUGGCUAACCACUCGUCCCUGGCAAUUCGGCGAAUGGAGCCAAGCAGGUGGUAUGAUGACCGUCGGCUGUGGUGGACCUUGGUUCGCCGAAGUCCCUGAUGAAGCCUGGCCUAAAGAUCAAGAUGUACAGCAAUCCAUCAAGGAUGAUUUCCAAGGGCCAUGGGGUGAUCGACGCCAAGAACUUGUGUUCAUCGGCGAGGGGAUCGAUGAGGACCAGAUCAGCGCUUUGCUCGAUGAGUGUCUUCUUGAUGAUAAGGAUAUGAAGAAGUGGGAGAAGGUGAUGAAGAACAAAAAGCUGAAUAGAGAGGAGAAGAGUGAUAAGCUAGCUAAGAUGUGGGAAGAUGGUUGGGAGGAGUGGCCUGCUUUUGAAGAAGAGGAAGAAGAGGAAGAGGAACAAAAACCGUUACAAGGGAAGCACCGAGUCAGUGAGUAUCUUGGCCCUAAGCACGACCAUAAGCAUGCCCACUCUUACGGGCCUGGCCGGAUGAUUGCAGCCUAA